GGCUGCUGGUCCGUGAGCGAGUCUCGAUAGGCCGAAUCGCUGCUCCGGUGGGGAAAAUCCCCGCUAAAAGUCACGCUGCGUUUUUCUGCCCCAGAAAAUGACCAGAAAAAGAAACACAAAAGACAGCCGGUCGCCCUUCGCCAUCAUCACCACCACCACAUCCCACCCCUUUCUCGUUGGAAUUCUACUUGGAUUUCUCUUCGAGCAUGUCGACUGCCACUGCUACCCUAUGGAUGUCGGAUAACCGGAUGAUUUUCUCUUUCUUUCCCUCCCGAAUCGAUUGACUCCUUCCCCCAGUCUCCCCGGACAGGCAAAAAGCUUCCCCGCUUAAGAGUCUCGCCGCCACUCACAAUGCAGCCUGAGUCGGAGAAGCCCAAGAGGGCGCCGCGCAAACAUGUCACCACGGCCUGUGUGCCUUGUCGAGAGAGUAAAAUCAGAUGUGACGGCGCUACUCCGCAUUGCAACAACUGUCAGAGGAAAGGUAAAGAGUGCAAGUAUCAACAUGGGGAUGACAAACGAAAGGUGUCUCUUCGCGGUGCCACAGAGCUCUUCUCCGCACGAAUUGAUCAACUAUGUCAAUUCAUCUAUGAUAAUGGUCUAGAACCGCCUCCUAUGAAACCCGAGGACGAAUCGGGCAUGAACCGAGUUCUGGAUACGCUUCAAAUACCUCGCGCACAGGUGAAAAGGAAUGGAUCGGUGGAGGAGAAUAGGCAAAGGUCCGAAUCUCAGCCUAAUGUCGUACCUUCUCCGGGUCAAAGCCCCCCUGCUCUUCCUCCCGCUGUUGAUGGACAGCUGGGUCGGGUGGCUGAAGCUCCACCCGCAGUCUCUUCAGCCUCCCAGAAUGCGUUCACUAAUCCACCAUUCCUUCCCCCUGCGGAGACCAGCCCAGACCCUGUGAAUCCAUUUGGGAUCCCUGCAGGACCGUCUGGGGGCUAUAAUUCCGCCCAUUGGGGUUUCACCCUUCCGACGGCAGAAAGUCUGGAUACCAUUUAUGCCAACAUCAAUGGCGGUGGUAGCUCUAGUCUUCCACAUGAUUCUAGCCUAAGCCCGGAUAGUCUGCAUUUGAGCCAGGACAUAGCGCAGCAACCAGGGGUUCUGCUUGGACAGGCACGAUUCGAGAGAGAAUACGAGUCAGACAGCGGCGAGGAGGAUGAAGCUGAGAAAGACGUCAUUGAACAGCUCUCGAAUCGUAUAGGGACGCUGAAAAUUGCCGGUGAUGGCCACUUGCGAUUCUACGGGGCGACUUCGAAUCUGAAUUUGGUGGAUGUGUCUGCGACGCAGCAACGCCAGCGUCCAGAUGCACGCACCGUCCGCCAUGAUGGACAGGACAUCUUGAACCAUCUGCGGGUCGGACAACCUGUUGAUCAAGCCAUGGAGGACCACCUCAUCGAGCUCUAUUUCACCUGGCAGAAUCCCAGCACGUAUGUGGUAGACAAGGAAAUGUUUAUGAUUGCAAGAUCAAAAUGGAGGAAUGAAUUUGACGAUACCGCGUUCUAUUCAGAGGUACUUACUAACGCAAUGUGCGCUAUUGGAAGUGCAUUUGAAGCACGAUACCAUCCUACAUUCAUUACAUUCCCAAAAUCUCUAUCAGAGUUUUUCGCAGACAGGGCUAAAGCCCUUCUCGAGAUCGAAUUAGACUCUCCAUGUGUCGCCACUGUGCAAGCACUUGUUAUACUAAGUUGCCAUGAAGGGUCUUCAAAUCGUGAUGCUAGAGGAUGGCUCUAUAGUGGCAUGUCUAUGAGACUAGCAUUCGACCUUGGAUUACAUAUUGAUAUGACACCGUAUGUUGAAAAAGGCGACAUCAGUGCCUUCGAAGCCGAUGUUCGUCGAGUAGCAUUCUGGGGAAGCUACACUGCAGACCAUUUCUGGGGCUUCUAUCUUGGAAGACCCUUUCGCAUGAAUGCGGGAGAUAUCACAGUCCCAAAGCCUGCGUCUGACCUAGGAGCAGAGAAGGAAGACACUUGGUAUCCUUAUGGUCUCCAAACAAAAUCAGAUGCAUCUAAUACGGGGUUGAAAAAUCAAAACGAGUUAAUCAGCAGGCAAUUUGCCGUGCUCUGGGAGAUUAUCUCACCUGUUGGCCAUAUUCUUUAUGGUUGUUCCGACAUUUCUCGACACGAUCUCCAGAGACUCUGUUAUAGAGUGACAGAAGAUCUGUUUGCCUGGAAGGCCAACCUGCCUUCAAGUCUUGAGAUUGACCUUGAAAACGAUAAUAUUGCGAUUUUGCCCCAUCUCCUGAUUUUACACAUGCAAUACCACCAAAUUGUCAUUUUCACCCAUCGUCCUUGGGUAUCCAAAAAUUACAUUCAGCCACGUGCUCCACGUCAGGGGCCUGGCUAUCACCAUGCGCGAAGAAUGUGCAUUGAAUCGGCUACGGCCAUUACCCGGAUACUCCAUAUCUACGAAAAGCACUACACAUUCCGUCGGAUGAACAACCAGGUGGUGGCCAUUAUAUUUAGUGCAGCUUUAAUGCUUCUCUAUGUCACCAUCUCGACUUCUCACGCCUCUGCCAAAUCUGGUGGCGACAGCGGCAGCAAUAAUGCGGAAAUGGUUGCGUAUCUAAACCUCUGUUUCCGUGCAUUAGAUGAGCUGGGCCAGUCUUUUGAGAAUGCGAAGAGAACUCGAGAUUUUCUCGUCAGCCUCCAACGAAGAUGGCAAGCUCAUAUGCGCCGAACAGGCUCGGCCACGAAGCGUCAAAUAAGUAACAUGCAGUCAUCCCAACAGCAAACAGGUCCUAUUUCUGAACUAGACAUGUCGAGAAAACGACACCGAGCUUCAAUUACCGCCCCAAACCCCCAUCCAAACAUUCCCCCCUUCCCAAUACCUUCAGUUGCUACACCUGCCCCGGGCAUGACUCCGGGUCCACAGUCACACUCACAACGAAAUAUACACCAAUCAACCGAUCCGCCACAAGCGUUCGGCGCAUGCCAACCCGGCGAUCUAGACUGGAUCCGCAACUCCGACUUGCAAUUACUCUCAGAGGGUCUGGGCGAUACCAAUUUCCCCCCAUUGGGAACUACAACUUCAUACGCAGAGGGAGGCCAGGGAUUACCAACUCUUGCUGAUAUUGAGCCAUGGUGGGAGUCGCCGAAUGGUAAUGGUUUUGGGGGAUCUUCUCUAUAGAAAUAAGUAAUGCUAACUUUGCUGGGACAAUUGCGUUUUAUAGAGGGAAGGGAUAGAGGAAUUGGUGUUUGUGGGCAGGAUCAAUUCUAUCUCAUGAAUUUAGACGACUAAAUGAUAUAAAAUUUAGAUGAUGAUACCAUUUUUUGGUCUCUUGUCAUGAAUAUUUUCUGUCGAAGUAGGGUAGCUGGCAAAGAGAAGAAACAACUUUUAUGGUGGAU